UCGAGGAAAUACGCGCUCUAUGGAGUCGACUUCCCCCCCUUGGUCUCCCGCGAGCAGCGGACAGCUCCUAUUGUUGUCUAACCGGAUCAGAACGCAUCUUCAAAGCUCGGUCAAAUAAAGGGCGUAAUUGGCCGUCUGUGAGGCUAGUCUCUACAACAACAGAUCGUCGAUAAAAGAGACAUUCAGUUAACCUUUAUCUGCAUUGUCAGAGUUAAGCGAUCAUUUUAGUGUCAUUGUCCUGUAGCUGCUGGGGAUAUUUAGUCUCAAAAGGCUCAAAUACUUGAGGAGGUUUGCAUAGGAGCCCGCGGCCUGGACGGUCCGCGCUGAUAAUGUCAGACGUUCACGCCAUAAUACUCAAGCACUUAUAAAAACUUAAACACUUAAAAAAAGAUAACGUGUCCCAAUAACGACGCCUUUUGGUAGACCAAAAAUCAUUGUGGUUUAAUGUGUAGACAAAUGCGCAAAAUCAGGCUUGUGUGUCUGAGAGUGUCCAGGCUUUCUUUGCCCUGUUUACAUUUUAACUGCCGGACAAUCAACUCUAAUUGUGUUGCUACUGUAAUACCUUUGAUCUGCAAUGAGCCGACGGUGGCAAAAGCUUGCUGUUGGUCCACUGGCGCCAGUGCUCACCGGGGUAUCGAAGACGUGUUAAUACUAAACCAUUACAACUGUAUUGUACGCGCUUUUGUUUUCCAUUUGAGAGCCCAGCGUUGAGGAAGGGGAUGGCUCUUAGGAAGGAAGAGUGACAUGAUCAUCAAAACUUUAUUUUGGGGUUAACUGAGCACAUUUGGAUGUUUUUCAGUUCAGAGAAUUCUAACGUUGUCUUGUCUAUUUUAUUUAAAUAAUUGAUCAGGUCAAUCAGGCCUGGCAAUGUAUUGCAACAUUGGAUUUCUCAUUAGGCCUAUCUGCAUUGGAGUUCGGCAAAUAUGUGGGCUAAACAUAUUUUGAAAUAGAGACUUUGUUUCUGAGAAGUUUAUAAAGUUAGUUUGUUUGUGUGUUCUUCAAUGUCGCGUAAAUAUCAUGCUUGGACAAAUGAUCAUAGACUUUGCCAUGGGAUGGGCUCAGUAAUUAAAUCCCAAUGUAUUUGGUAUUAUUUACUGAAGCAGCGGGGCAAACUAGUGCCACUGUAUUCGAAACUUGAAAGCGGUCUCCACCUCUGUCUGCGAUACUGCUGUUUCCAGUAGUGUUACAUUUUCAUUCGGGGCAGGCAAAUGUAUGAGAUCAACUGGUUCUCACAGACUUGGUGGCGCCAGGCUUUCACACACUCACAGGAUAUGUAAAGACUUCAAUAACGACCCAUUAGCCCUAAUCAUUGGGAAUCGAUCAGGCGUUAACGCGUCUUUGUUGAUGCAAAUUUGGGAGAGGGCUGGGCAUAUAAAUGCUGACCCUCUAGAACUUCUCACAGCACUCUGACCCUGAGUGCAUAGACUACUGUUUGUUGACCAAGCUUCGGGAGUAGUUGUAUAGAAUUUAGGCACAAUCAAGAAACAGUAACAACACGAAGAUGGUUAAAAUACUUUCCGUCGACUGGAUGGCACAGAGCUAUCUCAAGAGUGAACCAAACAAUGCCUUGCAACCAAUGGAAAAUAUGCCAACCCUGGGUAGACCUCAUGUGCCCUGUAUGGUCCAGCCACGACAGCCUACCUCGUACAACAAGGUUUACCUACAGCCCAAGCCAAACUCGACAAAAAUGGCUUCUACUGAGAAGAGCAAUCCUAAUUUUAGCCUGGAGUCCUCUGUGCAUCAGACAAUGUGCUCCUCACCAACUCUGACAGAAAACAAUGGAUACUCAUCUGGGUAUGAGAGUGAGGCAGCUUCUUCGGAAUGUCCUUCUCUUGAGGAUGGCAGCGACGGAGAACGGAAUGGGGCCCAACGCCGUAUGCGAACUAAGUUUACCCCAGAGCAGAUUCAUAAAUUGGAGAAGAUAUUCAACAAGCAUAAAUACCUGGAUGCUGGGGAGCGCGUCAAAACCGCACUGAAGCUGAAUCUCUCUGAAACUCAGGUGAGAACUUGGUUUCAAAACAGGAGGAUGAAGCUGAAACGUGAGGUCCAGGAUUUGCGCGCUGAUUACCUUACUCCCACACUGUCUCCGAUGGUGUUUCCACGCAUAAGCCCUUUUCAGAACCAUGGCUUCGCUGGACAGCAACUUCCAUAUUCCGCCACAGCAAAUCACACAUUAUACCACUCCAUGGUGCCACAAAUGCCAAUGCCACAUAUGUUUUCGCACCAGCCACAGGCAAUUAUGUCCAAUCCGCAUUACUUCUAAAACUGAUCGAAAGACAGAACUAUCGACCAAAACACUUAUAAUGUGGAGAAUAAGUGCAAUCUUCUUGUAUAAAUGUGAUAUGUAAAAUAUAUAGGCCUAUAUUUUUGUGCAAAUAUGUAUAGGGACAAAUGUUUAUUUUAUGAUUCAAUAAAAAGCUUUCUAUCAC